AUGAGAGAAAGAAUCACCUACUUUCACCCGCCCGGUGCAGCCAUCGACCCGAAGCAGCUGGAGAUUAGGGACACAAUAGUCAAAGGCCCAGCCACAGAGGCGGUACGCGAGCACAAGAUCACUCUGACGCUGCCGGAGCUCCCCUCCGAGCUGGCCAGCCUUCUUCGUGAUCUUCAAGACCUGCAUCUGCGAUGGGCGACCUCAGCGAGCUAUGAGACUCUGGAGCCGUUUAGCUCCCGCGUCUCUCCUGGUCUCCACGUCUCAUAUACGCCUCUGAAGAAGGACUACGAUCCAGAAAAACUGUGCACAGCUUUACAAGCGUUUGGACGUUUGGACUGCUCAUCAGAAGAGGUAUACAUCAGCCUUCCAAACGAGGAGGAAAAGGCACCUUCUACUUCAUUUUUCUACAAUGAACUCGAAAAAUUAGACGGCUUUGCAAAGAGGCUCAGCACGGUAGUCUGCUCAGGGCCAACUGCCGGCGAGUGCAGGAAGCAGCUGCAAGACCUCAAAGACGCCGUCAGCCUAGACAUUUCUUACGAUUCCACCUCUGAUUCCGUCAAGCUCCAAGCCCUAUGGCCGCUGCAGCAACGCGAGAUAUCCGUCCCGGCAUCACCCAAGGGCCGGACAGAAGUCGGCAUCCUAGGCAUAGAUGCGCCGCCAAACAUGGAAGCUCAUCAAAUUGGCGCAUCGGGCGUUUUGACCGUCAUCGGCGAGAACAAGGAGCCAUCGCCGGUGAUAUUCGCCUUUGAAGCCCGCCACAGAGCGGCGCCUGGCUCUUUCACGUCCAAAUUCCAGCAACCAACAGGCCUACAUCCGACUUUGCAGCUGAGUCUAAGCGGCGCAUCUCCCCCGACCGAUGGCGAGGCUGAGUGCGCCCCGUACGCGUACUUUACUUUCCCCAAGGUGAUCUUUGCAGACAGAUACCAGCUAGCAGGCGAUCUGUUCCUUGCGUCCAAAAAUCUCACAGCCACAAAAUACGUCAGCGAGCCGGUGGAUCUCGAAGCACCUGCAUAUACGACCAAGCCCUGGGGGUCGAAUGUGCUUCUGGAGCUGGCACCUCCCAAAGAUGGCGCUGCAGAAACGGCUUGGACAGUCGAGGUUCCCCUUCACCUACGUUAUCUCAAGCCAACCCCGACAGGCAAGGAAGAGGCCGGAAUCCCGUAUCCCGUGGUGUUUUGGGCGUGUGAUAGCGGCGAAGAGGUUCCCUACUCAGUCAGUCCAUUUGACCGUGUCAGUCUGGGCUACGACGGCUUAUUUAGCCCAAGCACAAAAUUCUGGCACGUGAGCCCCGAAUCUGAGGCUGGCGGCCGUCUCAUCAACAACAUCAAGGUCCCUGUGGUGACGGAGGGAGCAUCUCAAUGGGUGGGAGUUGGAACAGCAGCAGUAGUGGCAGUGGGCUUCCUGUGGGUCUUGUUGAAGCUGGUGGGAGGAUAUGCCAAAUCUGGGCAUUCGACAGUAACGGAAAAGGCGGAAGAUGACAAAAAGAAGCAAUAGAUUGGGUAGAACGCGUCAAGAGAUGGUACGGUUAUGGCGGGAUUGGAUUAGGUUGGAUCUUGGGAGAGGCACGAUAUGCAUGUGCAGGGCAGCAGGUUGUUGCAGGUGUUUACUAUAGAGGAUCAAUUUCAUUUUCUCAAUUUCAGCGU